GACAUAAUCGCAACAAGUAUAAUCAAGUGUACAAGAUCAACCUUCUCAGGAAAAAAGUCCACAGUAAGAAAACCUGUUCCUGAAAAAAAGAAAAAGAGCAAAAAUAUUAAAAAAGACCUAAAGAUAAUUUAA